CCCAGCUUUGUAGCUUCCCAUCUGGACAUCUGUGUCUUUACAAUGCCGACAAACAGGAGAACCCAGGAGUGAGACCCCCCUCCCCAUACACCCCCUCGGAGCAGUAAGCAGAGGCGUGAGGAAGAGAGUGAGAGUGACACCCGUUCAGGAAUGGAUGUGUCACUGCUGGAGAUCCCUGCAGAGCUCGCUGCCCUCCUGCAUUCGGCCAGAGGUCAGCAGUAUGCCCAGGUCAACCAGAUCACUGAGGUGUCCCCUCCAGAGGUCAAGGCCAGGAGCGACCUCUUACUCCCACCGAACAUCAAUGAUUAUCCCUUUUCCUCCUUCGCGAGGUCUCACUUCCAGGAGCUCAACUUUCCUGCCCUUGGUCAGCCCCUGCAGCACCCUGUAACCCGUCUGGAGCCUGAAUACAAGCAGCGCACCCUGGAAAUCAACAAACUGAUUUUGCGGUUCCUUGCGGACCAGAACCUCCAGGACUGGCAAGAGGUGCUUCUGGGUAACUACAUCACCAGCCGAGGGUUGAGAGCUCCUGUCCUGCGCAACGAGAUCCUGAGCCAGGUGGCCACCCAGAUGUGGAAGAACCCAGAUGGGGAGCAGUGCCAGCGAGGCUGGGUCCUGAUGGCUGCUCUCCUGAGUGCCUUUACCCCUCUGCCAGCACUGGAGAAACCCUUGCUGAAGUUUGUUUCAGACCAUGGGCUGGAAGGCUACAAUGCCAUCUGCCAGUGCAAGAUCCUGACAGCAAUGCAGCAGACGGAGAUGGUCCCUGAGGUGUCCCGUGCACACCCCCCAACCCAACUGGAGUGGACUGCCAACCGAAGGAAAGGGAAGAUGGUGCUGGAUGUCUUCACCUACAAUGAGGAAAAGUUCUCUGCUGAGGUGGAGUCCUGGACAACAGGGGAACAAUAUGCAGGCUGGAUUCUGAGCACAAGAGGCUUGGACAAGGUCCCUCGAGGAUGGUCCGUGUCCAUAUUCAAAGGAGACACUUGGCAGGACCUGCUUGGCUGUGACUUCGUGCUGGAUCUCAUUGGAGAGAUGGAGGGGACUGGCUGGCCCUCUCUGUCCUCAUCUGAUUAUCCCAUCAUGCCUGAGGGGGACAGGAGCUUUUAUCAGAGCUCCUUUCUGGAUAUGAUUCCCCCUGCGCCAGGGAUCCAGGCUCCCUCUUUCCCUCCGCCCUCCCUGUCUCCUGACUCUAAUGGCUCAGAAAGCCCCUACUCAGGCAGAAGUGACUUCAGAUCCCCCAAAGCCUUGGACCACUUCGUGGAUGAUCUGUUCAAACCAGUGCUCCACCAAGGGCCCAGAACACCAAAUAUGGAGAGCGGAGGGAAUCUAACUGGACGCAUGAAAGGAGGAGGGAAGAUUGGGCCAACCCAGCAACAAGCCUUUCCUACUGCAGGUUACCCUGGAAUAGUGCAAGUACCUGCUUACCAGCCCAUGCCAAUGAUGGGUGGAAUGAUGCCAGCACCCAUGCCAAUGAUGUCACCUAUGGGUGGGAUCACACCUAUGGCAGCCAUGGUUUUGCCCCAGCCCCAGCCCCAGCCAGUGGUCCCGUCUGUAGACCCUAAUCAGAUAGCUGCACAACAACAGGCCUUUAUCAACCAGCAGGCCUUACUCAUGGCGCAGCAGAUGACCCUGCAGGCCAUGACCAUCUCCCAGGAACAGCAGCGGCGGCAGCGGCCAAGGUCUCCUGAGCCCUCUAGGUCAAGACAAGCCAAACCCCCAUCACCAGCUCCAGCACCAGCUCCUGCUUCAACUCCAGCACCUAAACCUACCAAAUCCAGCAGUAACCAGAAUGCUGAGCCACCACAGUCCCUGCCAGAGGCCACAACAUCGAUCUACACCUACUUGGAUGCCUCAGACAGUGAUGAGGGCACCUUGCCUCUAGAGACCUUCCAGCAGAAGAGAGAGUACUUCCAGAGAAUGGGGCAGCAAAAGAUCUUUGUGAAGAAGGUCAGACCCCCUCCCACAAAGCCACAGCCAAACAAGGAGGCAACAAAGGAGACGGCCUCCAGCCCGCAACCAGAGGCAGUCCCUGCACCCCCCUUGCCAACUCCCAUGCAGAAGCCGGAAAAACCAGUCACUAAAGCAAAGAAGGAGCCUGGGGUGAAGCGGUCGGAGCCAGUGCCCAGGGCUGAGCCCAGCCGGCAGAUCCGCGACAUCAUCAAGAUGUACCAGAGUAGGCCAGCCCCAGAGCCACAGCCCAUUGAGCUCUUGAGGACAUCCAAGCCCUUUAUGAAGAAGACUGACCCCAAGAAUGAAGCUCUGGCAAAGCUGGGGUUAGCAAACUUUCAGCCUCCUGACUCACCGACAGCUUUGGCAUCAGAGAAUAGCCGCAAGGGAGUGCCACCACCACCCCCUCUCAAGUCCAACUCCAUCCUGGAAAAGCAGCUACCUCUCGUGAAUAUCUUUAGCCAGCUGCCAAACUCUCCCACAGGCUCUCAGAUCCCUCCACCUCCCCCUGGUCUGCCUCCACCUCUUCCAUUUGCAGAUCAAGCCAAGCAGGAGUCUGAGCUGAGAGGCUCUGCCCGGACCAUAACAGAAGACGAUGCUAGCAUCAAGACCCAGCUCUAUAAGCUCACCGCCAGCGUCAGCUUCUCCUAUACCAAUGUUGCCUGGAAAAUCUUCCUACGCAAAGAGGUGUUUUACCCCAAAGAAAACUUCAGUCACCCCUAUUCUCUGAACCUCCUGUGUGAGCAGAUCAUUCAAGACACUUACUCUGACUCCUGCUUUCGGAUCUCCAAGGAGGAGAGGCGGAAAAUGAAAGACUUGUUGGCGGAGUUCCAGGUCGGCCUGGAUGCCAGCUCCAUUCUGGAGGAUGGACUCAAGAAGAGGAUCGUGGUAGCUGCUCGAGAUAACUGGGCCAACUACUUCUCCCGCCUCUUCCCAGUUCAGGGUGAAAAUGGAAGCAAUGUCCAGAUCCUGGGGGUUUCUCACCGGGGCCUCCGGCUGCUGAAGAUAGCAAAAGCAGCUGGAUUUAGCCCUGAACACCUGAAGAUCCUUUGCAGCUAUAGUUUUGCAGACUUGAUGUCCGUGGAGCUGAAGGGCAGAAACACCCUGGAGUUCUCGCUGAAGAAUGAGCAGCUGAUCCUGCACUCGGCAAAGGCUCAGCAAGUCAAGGCUAUGGUGGAGCUCUUCCUCCAGGAGCUGAGGCAGGACUCCAACUAUGUUGUUGCUCUGCGCAGCUACGUCACAGAUGACAAGAGCCUGUUGAAUUUCAAGAAGGGCGACAUCAUCAAGUUACUUCCCAUUCAUGGGUUGGAGCCAGGAUGGCUGUUUGGCUCCAUCAACGGCCGGUCCGGCCUCUUCCCUGCCAACUUGGUGCAGCUGGCAGCAGUCCCUGAUUACCUCAGUGCCAGCAUGGAGAGAAUUGAGGGCGUGCGGAAGAGCCCGAGGAGUGACUUGCAGGGGAAGAGCGCCAGAAGGGAGAGCUUUGCCUCCAGCCUGUCAUCAGAAACCGCCACCACUGCCACCUUCCCUGCUGCCGAUAACUACACCAUGGUGGACUUUGCCCUGGCUCACUUCCGGGAGAUCCAGACCACGCUGGGAUGGAAGGGGAUGAGUGCAGAGAAGAGAAGCACAGCUGUCCUGGUCCAGCACACCAAGGUCCCAAUCCAGGAGCCCCUGCUCCCCUACUCUGACACAGAGCUGAACGAGCUGGCUACAAAGAACUUCAUGACUUUGAUGCGCUUCAUGGGAGACCAGCCAAAACUCAAGAACCAGGAAGAGACUGAUUACUGCUAUGAAAUUCUUCAGCUCUGCAAAGAGAAGGAGAACCUGCGUGAUGAGAUUUACUGCCAGGUCAUCAAGCAGGUCACCCAGAACCCCAAGCCGGAAAGCUGUGCACGUGGCUGGAUGCUCCUGGGCCUGCUUGCUGGUUACUGCCUUCCCUCAAGCAUCUUCAUGCCCUACGCAACCAAAUUCUUCCAGCAAGCCAGCUCUGAUCCAUCCAGCAUACACCAAGAACUAGCCAGCACCUGCCAGGGCAACCUGCGGAAGACAGUUAUGUAUGGGGGCCGCCGGCAUCUGCCCUUCCGUGUGGAGAUGGAAGCACUUCUGAAGGGGCAUGGGUCCCGCCGACUCGUGAUCUUUCUGCCUGGAGUCCUGGAAUAUGGCACCAAAAUCUGGAUGUUCACUGUGGCUGCAGAAUUAGUGCAGGAGGUCUGUGAGCAGAUGGCGGUCAGCGAGAUGCAGGAAAUCAAGGAGUUUGCUCUUUUUGCCACUAAGGACAAUGGGAAGCUGACGAAGGCAGUCCGUCCGGAGGAGUACAUCCAUGACUAUCUGCUAGAAGACACUUUGGUGAAACUGAAGAUCCGCAGGCUCACCUGGAAAACUCCACUGCACUUUGACAACGAGGUGUACCUCAGCCUCCAUUAUGGCCAGGUUCUGUGUGAUUACUUGACUGGAAAGCUGCUGCUGAACUACAGCAAUGACCUGGAGAAGCAGGUGGGCACCUUGGCACUGUUCCAGCACUGGGCCAAGAAAAUGGACUUACCACCCUCCAAGGAGGAGAUAACAGAGUAUACCCCAAAGUCAGGACUUCCACCCAUCAACAUGCAGGCUCUCCAAGCCACUGUCAAGCAGCUGCUGGCAACUACACGGCCACUUGACCCAAAGGAGGCAAAAAUCUAUUUCAUAGAGCACGUGGUCCAUCUACCACUCUUUGGCUACAACACUUACAUUGUGGAGAGGACCAGCAACCAGAGGAUCCCUGUGCCCUGUGUCAUUGGAGUGAACAGGGAGCAGAUCAUCCUGGUGGACAGGGAGACUCAGGAGAUCUACUUUGUCCUCCCACUGAAGGAGAUGCAGAAGAUGAGAACCUUGAGGGCCAUGGAUGACUCUGGGCCACCUGGUCUGGAAAUGAAUUACGGCACUCCUGAGGAUCCCAAGACCAUCUGGUUUGAACUGCAAAAGGCUAAAGAAAUGUAUCAUACGAUCUCCAUCAUCUUGGAUGAGGGAGAAUUUCAGCCUUAGAGACGCAUGCCAGCCCUCCCUUUCCUUCAGCUCUGGACACCACAUUAGCACGCCUGGCAUGAGCUCUGACAGUGUUCAGAGGUGCCCUCCCUUCCCUGCUGCCCAGGAUUGUCAUCACAUUGAAGUUCCACCUUCUAUCCUGCCUCACGACAAACCUGAACAGAAUUCCCCUCGUGCACUCUCUCACCUCUUCAUAACAUAGAGAUGGUUCGCCUGUCAGCUGCCUUCACUGUCUGCUGGAGUUGUAGAGGUGCCCCACCCAGUAAACCUGGCUUCCAGAAAGCAGAACAAGAUUUGCUCUUUUCCCCAGGCUCUAAGCCCCACUCGUAGAACAGCCAAGCAGGUGCAAGUAAGGAAGGGAAAGGCCAGUGACGUCGGGAAACUAACUGCAGGGGCUUGCGGUGGGCAGCAUCCCCCCCAUGCCAACUAAUCUCUUAAACAGUAACAGCAGCAGAGACUGGUGCUUUUCAGAGACUUUGCAUCCCAAGGAGAAACCAAGGCUCAGAUAUGACUGCAGUUGUGGGGAGUGAAGUGCCUGAGACCAGCCCCUACUCCACCCUGAAGUGCAAGAACUGCCCUGGCCCAGAGCCCUACCAACAGAAGCCUACCUGAAAGCAUCCCCAUGACCUGCAGGGCAGAUCAGUGUUAAUACACAAUCAUGGCACCUGCCAAGGCAGAGGUUGGGUUGCAUUGGUAAGAAAGUUUACUGCUAAAUUGGUUUACUAUCAACUGUACAGUAUAUGCUGCUUUUUCCUUCUAACAUAGCCCUCACUUAGAAUUGAGAUACAACAUCUGUGGAUACCUGACUGAGUUCUUAGCCUAUCUGCCCACUGGACUAUGAUGGAUUGGGGGAAAGAAAGGCAAGGUCCUUAAUUUAUUUUUAUUACUCUGGAUUUCCAGUUGGACUCAUGAGGUUUAUGCUUCUGCAGAAGCGAAAUGAAAAAGUUUUGUAGCUGCUAAAGUUUAUUAAAACUAGUAACCACAUAAUACAGACACGUGCAUUACCUUAAGGCUAAGAAGCACCUGCUUCAGGGGAGGGUGGGAAAAUAUAAGCAGGAGGAGUGGAAUGUGGACUGUGGAGUUAGUUACAACCGGGCAAAGGCAAGGGCUGCUGGGAGAUGAGCAUGCACAUUUUCAACUGGUGGAGCUGGGAAUUGCUGCUGGCCUUACCCUGCCUUCUCCUAGUGCCCUGGAAUGGGCAGAUGCAGCCCUGUGGCAGCAGAAAUGAGGGGAAGAAGUGCUACUGUGGACAGCAGAGGUAAGAUAGUCUGAGCAGCUUUGCACAUCUUUCUCCUUCCAGUUCUCUUAUAAGCUCCUAAGGGCCUUUCAGCCAUCAGAGAGUGUGCCUGCAGAAAGCAGGUCACCACAGUAGCACUGCAGUGCAUGACACUAACCUAGAGCACCUCGGAGGGCUGCAGCAAGGCAGAUAAUCAGCCAGCAGCACAACUUCUCUGCUUAGAGAUCUUGGCUAACUCCAACAGGGCAAUCUCUACUCACCUGAAGAGUUUGGUGGGACCAACAACUGCAAUGCAAAGCAAUGAUCUAAGGCCAUGGCUGGAAGAUCCUAGCAUACAGUGAACUGUACCACACAACUUUGUGCGAGACAAAAGGCUGACAACUGGGAUGUGAACCUGCAGUACAGGCAUGGUUCUAGCACAAGGAGCAAGGUUGCAGGUAGGAGUAUUGUCUGGGACCCAGCACCAGCUUCUGCUCAGUUCUGCACACACCUCAAACCUUACUCUAGGCUAGGGAGUUUCUAUGGCAAACUUUAGGCCCACCACAGAGUGCCAUUUGCUGCUACCCAAUCCAAAUCCAGUAUUCAUAGAGGGAGAGAAUCUAGUUUUUCCUUCCAGCAGACAUUACCUUUCAGUUCCCUAAGGGCCCGAGCUCUUCUUACCUCUUCAUUCACCAUGCGACACCUUGCAUGGUCAACAACAAAUACAUUUCAGUAAUAGAAAAAUGUUCUAGGUAAAAUGAAACAGCAAGAACUAAGAAAAGAGCCUGUAGCAACAGUCAUUAUUUAUUAUCAGUUUGUCAUGUACCCUUCAGUACAUAUAAAAAGCCCAGUUUCCCCAGGUACAAGCUACUUGAAGCUCACUCCUCUCCUGGCUUCUCAAGCGGUGGGUCAGUCUAGCGGCACUAUCUUCUCUAGACAAACAAAGGCAGAACCCAACAAAACACCAAUGUUCCUGGGAGCCAGGUUAAGACUUACUGGCUCCCUCCACUUCAGGGCCUUGUGCAGAUAGAGGAGCUCCUAGCAUACGCACAACAGUGGGUGUCUAGUCAGCAUCACUCUCUAUAUUGCAGUCCCUAGGUUAGGCACAGCUAGUUGAUAUGGCUUUUAGGAAAAUGCUAGGGAGG